AUGUCUCUUGCUUCUGCAUCGUCCUCUCCACCUCGUUCUCUAUCUUCUCCCAUUACGCAUUUCUCUCUCUCAGCUCUUUACUUUUUCGUUCCUGACACCUCUUUUUCUCCCCCAACCGUCUCUUCGCUAUCUACUCCUCCCUUCACAUUCCUCCCUCUCACCCUUACUCCUUUAUUCGCUCCAACUUUGCUGCAUUUACUUUCUCCUUGUCGUCUGUUUAACGCAAUCCUCUCGUCUUCUUUUUCUUUUUUAAUUAACCACCCUCUUUCUCAUUAUAGUUUACAUUUUUCUUCCUCAUUUACUCACUUUCAUUCCUUUGUCCUUUUCUUCUUCUUCUUCUUCUUCUUCUUCUUCUUCGCGCGUUCUUCCUCUACAUCCUCAUCCUUUGCUGACUACCUUCAUCACAACGGUAAAUGCCGAGACGUAUGCAUUUUUCGAAGGCAGGAUGAGGAAAAAGAUGACGAUUCUGAUUCUUUUUCUUUUUCUUCUUCUUCUUCUUCUUCAAAUCUACUUAUUUCAUUAAAUUUUUUUUUCUUUUUCCCCAGUGUUCUUUCUUUCUUUCUUUCUUUCUUUCUUUCUUCUUCUUCUUCUUCUCCUCAUCCUCCUGCAAAUCUACAUAUUUCAUUAAAUUUUCUUUUCUUUUUCACCAGUGACUUUUCUUUUCUUUCUUUCUUUCUUUCUUUCUUUCUUUCUUUCUUUCUUUCUUCUUCUCCUCCUCCUGCAAAUCUACUUAUUUCAUUAAAUUUUCUUUUCUUUUUCACCAGUGUCUUCUUCUUCUUCUUCUUCUUCUUCUUCUUCUUCUUCUUCUUCUUCUUCUUCUUCUUCUUCUUCUCUCACUGCUCCUUACAAUCUACUCAAUUUUCUCUUCUUCUUUAUCAAUCCUAUCUCCCUCUAAAGAUGUUUUUCUUCUUCUUUUAUUAUACUCCUUAUUCUUCACUUAUCUUCAAGUUCUAUUUCUUCAAUUCUGUUUUUUCUUCAAUUGCAAGCAAAUUUCCUCUCAUUUUAUACCAGUUUCUUUUAUGUUCAAAUACUUUAUUUUUCUCUUCAACAUUAUCUUCAUCUAGUUCAAAUCUAUUUCUUCUUCUUCUUCUUCUUCUUCUUCUUCUUCUUCUGCUCCUCUUUUAUAUCUACUUAUUUUACUCAACUUCUUCGUCUUCUUUUUCUUCUUCUUUUUCUUCUUCUUCUCUCCUCCUCCUACCUCUCCACAUCUACUUAUUGUACUCAAUUUCUUCUUUUCUUUAUCCUCCUCCCCCUACUUCUUCAGAUCUACUUAUUUUACCCAAUUUUUUUCUCUUCUUCUUCUUCUUCUUCGUUUCUGUUUUUACACCAAAUCUAAUUCUUCUUUAA